AGUGGCGAAGCAAAUCUGUCGUUUGGUAGUAGAGUUGCAGAGCUGAUCUCUGCUUUUCAUUUUCCGGCCACCGGCUCAUCGGAGAAGAUACCGGGUUUUGCUUUCUGUUUUUCUUCCGAUUUGAAUUGACUGCUUUAAUGGCAUCCUCAAUGGCUGCAGCUGGAGUUCUUAGACUUCCCAUGACGGCGUCGUCGGCGUCAAGCGGCAGUUCUAACCGUGCAAGGAGAAGCAACCUUGGGAGCCUUUCGUUCUCUGAAUCUCUCGUUUCUGGUGAUAAAAUCGAUUUUAGAGCUUCUGGUUUGGGAUCACGACGAGUUUCCGGUGGUAGAGGGCCUUCUUUGAUCGUCUCUCCCAAAGCGGUUUCUGAUUCCAAGAACUCUCAGACUUGCCUCGAUCCAGACGCUAGCCGGAGUGUUCUAGGGAUUAUUCUUGGAGGUGGCGCUGGAACGCGGCUGUAUCCGCUCACGAAGAAGCGAGCGAAGCCUGCUGUUCCUCUUGGAGCGAACUACAGGCUGAUCGACAUUCCUGUUAGCAAUUGUCUCAACAGCAACAUUUCCAAGAUUUAUGUUCUUACGCAAUUCAAUUCUGCUUCUCUUAACCGACAUCUUUCUCGAGCUUAUGCGAGUAACAUGGGCGGUUACAAGAAUGAAGGAUUUGUUGAGGUUCUAGCCGCUCAGCAAAGUCCGGAGAAUCCAAAUUGGUUCCAGGGCACGGCUGAUGCAGUUAGGCAAUACUUGUGGCUAUUUGAAGAGCAUAAUGUAUUGGAAUAUCUAGUUCUUGCUGGUGAUCAUUUGUACCGAAUGGAUUACGAGAGAUUCAUUCAAGCACACAGGGAGACUGAUGCAGAUAUCACUGUAGCUGCAUUACCCAUGGAUGAAGAGCGUGCUACUGCAUUUGGUCUGAUGAAGAUUGAUGAAGAAGGGCGUAUAGUUGAAUUUGCAGAGAAGCCAAAAGGAGAGCAAUUGAAAGCGAUGAAGGUUGAUACUACUAUUUUGGGGCUUGAUGAUGAGAGAGCGAAAGAGAUGCCAUACAUAGCCAGCAUGGGUAUUUACGUUAUCAGCAAGGAUGCGAUGCUGAGUCUUCUUAGAGAUAAAUUUCCCGGAGCAAAUGAUUUUGGGAGUGAAGUUAUUCCUGGUGCAACUUCCAUUGGAAUGAGGGUGCAAGCUUACUUGUAUGAUGGCUACUGGGAAGAUAUCGGUACCAUAGAAGCCUUUUACAAUGCGAAUUUGGGGAUCACGAAGAAGCCAAUACCAGACUUUAGCUUCUAUGAUCGUUCAUCUCCAAUCUACACGCAACCUCGAUACUUACCGCCAUCCAAAAUGCUUGAUGCUGAUAUCACAGACAGUGUUAUUGGUGAGGGCUGUGUCAUCAAGAGCUGCAAGAUUCACCAUUCUGUCGUUGGCCUCCGAUCUUGCAUAUCAGAAGGUGCAAUCAUAGAAGACACUUUAUUGAUGGGUGCAGAUUAUUAUGAGACGGAUGCCGACCGUAGAUUAUUGGCGGCAAAGGGAAGUGUACCAAUAGGCAUUGGCAGAAACUCUCACAUCAAGAGAGCUAUCAUUGACAAAAAUGCUCGCAUUGGGGAAAAUGUCAAGAUUGUGAAUGGAGACGGUGUGCAAGAAGCAGCAAGGGAGACAGAUGGGUACUUCAUAAAGAGUGGGAUCGUGACAGUAAUCAAGGAUGCUUUGAUUCCCAGCGGCACUGUUAUCUAAGGCCACAACAGAACAGAGCAGACAUGAUUUUCACUCUCUCUCUCUCUCUCUCUCAAUUCUGGUUCUUCCCCUGCCCACUCAACAUUCCUUUUCGUAGAAAAUGCAAAGCUUAUAGGAAGAGAAUCCCACACUUCACACUCCACACUCCACUAGGCCCUAUCAUAUAUAACUUAUGGUGCAAUCAUCCCUCUCUUCUGCACUCAAUGUUUUUGUUCCAUACUACUUCAUGAAUAAUCAAUAAUCAAAUUCUGUUUCAGUGAUUGUUAGUAU